CCGGCUCCUCCACACUCACACAGCGCGCUCCACCCGGGCCGGAGGAAGCGACGAUGCCUCCCAGGAGGUGACCACGGCUGAAUCCUUAGCCACAUUUCCCUGAACAUGGAAUCCAAAUCUAUUCAUAUAGGAUAGGUUGAGCCUUUAAAAUGGGGUUUAUUUCCAAGCCGGCGACGAGGUGAGGCGAAAGCGGCGGCCGCGGUGGAAGCCCAAGAUAGAAAGCGCUUUAUUGAGAGGAGCAGGGAGGGAGGGAGGGAGACCGCGACGCUCUCCCGUCUAAGAGGAUAAAGGGAAAAGAGAAAAAAAAGCGAAACUGAGCUAUAUUUAAGCGGGCUGUUUCGGGCCAGCCUCCCGUGCCACCAUGAGCAGCAGCAGCGGGCCGGAUGAGAGCUCGGUGCGCGUCGCCCUGAGGAUUCGUCCUCAGCUGCCCAAAGAGAAGAUUGAGGGCUGUCACAUCUGUACGUAUGUGAUGCCAGGAGAACCCCAAGUGGUCCUGGGCAAGGACAAGGCCUUCACCUAUGAUUAUGUCUUCGAUAUGGACACCCAGCAGGAGACGAUCUACACCCACUGCACCGAGAGGCUCAUCGAGGGUUGCCUUGAGGGCUACAACGCCACAAUCUUUGCAUAUGGACAGACGGGUUCGGGGAAGACGUACACCAUGGGAACUGGCUUCGAUGUCAACAUCGGAGAGGACGAGCUGGGCAUCAUUCCCCGGGCCGUGAACCACCUGUUCAGAGGAAUCGAGGAGCGCAGACAGGCCGCCACUGAGCAGGGCAGGCCUGUUCCUGAAUUCAAGAUCAAUGCACAGUUCCUGGAGCUUUACAACGAGGAGGUGCUCGAUUUGUUCGACACGACUCGAGACCUCGAGGCCAGGAAGCAGAAAUCCAACAUCAAAAUCCACGAGGACGCCAAUGGAGGCAUCUACACGGUGGGGGUCACCACCCGCACCGUCACCUCUGCAGCCGAGAUGAUUCAGUGUCUGAAGCUGGGCGCUCUGUCUCGCACCACCGCCAGCACCCAGAUGAACGUCCAGAGUUCACGCUCCCAUGCCAUCUUCACCAUCCACUUGUGCCAAGUGCGAGUCUGCUCCCCUGACAACAAUGAUAACGCGACGGAUAACCGUCUGGCUAACGACUCGGAGAUCGAUGAGUUUGAGACUCUGACGGCCAAGUUCCACUUUGUGGACCUGGCGGGUUCUGAGAGAUUAAAGAGAACUGGAGCUACAGGAGACAGAGCGAAAGAGGGCAUCUCCAUCAACUGUGGGCUGCUCGCCCUGGGAAAUGUCAUCAGUGCUCUUGGAGACAGGAGUAAGCGCUCCACUCACGUGCCUUACAGAGACUCCAAACUGACCCGGCUGUUACAGGACUCACUAGGUGGCAACAGUCAAACUGUGAUGAUCGCCUGCAUCAGCCCGUCAGACAGGGACUUCAUGGAAACCUUGAACACACUAAAAUACGCCAACCGGGCCCGGAACAUCAAGAACAAGGUGAUGGUGAACCAGGAUAGGGCCAGCCAGCAGAUCAGCACCCUGAGGACAGAGAUAGCACGACUGCAGAUGGAGCUGAUGGAGUACAAGACUGGAAAGCGCAUGGUGGGUGAAGACGGCAUGGAGGGCAUGAACGACCUGGUCCAUGAAAACUCCAUGUUGCAGACGGAGAAUAACAACCUGAGAGUGAGAGUGAAGGCCAUGCAGGAGACCAUUGAUGCCCAGAGAGCUCGACUCACUCAGAUCCUCAGUGACCAGGCAAACCAGGCUCUCGCCAAAGCAGGUGAAGGUAACGAAGAAAUCGGCAACAUGAUUCAGAACUACAUCAAAGAAAUCGAGGAGCUCAGAGCCAAACUUCUGGAGAGCGAGGCCGUGAGCGAGAACCUCAGGAAGAACCUGUCCCGGGCCUCCACUCGUUCCUCGCUGUACGGCGGCCCCGCCCUCCUCGCUCCAGGGAAGGAGGCCAGGGACGUCAUCGAGAUGGCCAAGAAAGACCUGGAGAAACUCAAGAAGAAGGAGAAAAAGAAGAAAAAGAGACUGAGGCAGUACGAAGAGAAUCACCAUCAUGAGCUUGAGGACGCCAGUGUUGUCAAAGAGGAGCUGCCGGACAACGAUCAGGAAAGAGGAAACGAGGAGGCAGAGGUGGAGGGCAGCGACCAUGAAGAGGGCGAGGAUGCUGAUGGAGAAGAAGAGGACUUUGAGAUGGCGGGAGAUGAGACAUCCGAGGAGUCUGACUCUGAAGAACUGGAUGAGAAAGAAAACGUUCAAGCCGACCUGGCCAACAUCACCUGUGAGAUCGCCAUCAAGCAGAAGCUGAUCGAUGAGUUGGAGAACAGCCAGCGGCGUCUGCACACUCUCAAACAGCAGUAUGAACAGAAGCUGAUGAUGCUGCAGAACAAGAUCAGAGACACGCAGCUGGAGAGGGACAAAGUGCUGCACAACAUGGGUUCAGUGGAGUCCGGUACGGAGGAAAAGGCCAAACGGAUCAAAGCUGAGUACGAGAGGAAGCUGACCUCCAUGAACAAAGAGCUGCAGAAGCUCCAGUCUGCCCAAAAGGAGCACGCACGCCUGCUGAAGAACCAGUCGCAGUACGAGAAGCAGCUCAAGAAACUCCAGCUGGAUGUGACCGAGAUGAAGAAAACCAAAGUGGCACUGAUGCGCCAGAUGAAGGAGCAGCAGGAGAGGAACAGGGCCACAGAGUGCAGGAGGAACAGAGAGAUAGCCUCACUGAAAAAAGACCAGCGCAGAGCUGAGCACCAGGUGAGGCAGCUCGAGGCCCAGAAGAGACAGCAGGAGCUGAUCCUCCGUCGGAAGAAUGAAGAGGUGACCGCUCUUAGGCGCCAGGUGAGGCCCGUGUCCGGAAAAGUGAGCAGGAAAGUGAGCCUACCUGAACCUCCUCAGGAACCCUCUCAUAGAGCAGUCCCAGGACGGCUGCAGUCCUCUAGUGCAAGCUCUUCCAACGGAGCCAGGAGUUCCCCAGUGCGGAUGGGAAGUAUCUACCUCAACAGAUCAGCCAGGGCCAAGUGGCAGUCACUGGAGAGACGCAUCAAUGACAUCAUCAUGCAGAGGAUGACCAUCUCUAACAUGGAGACAGAUAUGAACCGACUACUGAAGCAACGUGAGGAGCUGACUAGGCGACGUGAGCGAGUGUCUAGGAAAAGAGAAAAAACGGCAGUAGACGGCGCGGACGCCGACCGCUCCCUGGCGUCUCUGAACGAGGAGCUGGAGUCCCUGAGCGCCAACAUCGACUACAUCAACGACAGCAUCGCCGACUGCCAGGCCAACAUCAUGCAGAUGGAGGAGGCUAAGGAGGAAGGAGACACCGUGGAUGCUGCUGCUGUCAUCAGUUCCUGUAACCUAUCUGAGUCCCGCUUCCUACUUGACCAUUUCAUGACUAUGGCCAUUAAUAAGGGUCUGCAGGCGGCUCAAAAGGACUCCCAGCUGAAGGUGAUGGAGGGCAGGCUGAAACAGACGGAGAUCAACAGCGCCACGCAGAACCAGUUGCUCUUCCACAUGCUCAAGGAGAAAGCUGAGAUCAACCCGGAGCUGGACGCCUUGCUGGGCAGCGCUUUGCAAGAGUUAGGUUACCUGUCUCCAGAGAACGGAGAUGACAGCAGUAGUGAUGAAUCCACCCCCAGUCCAGCCACAGAGGGCAGCACACUGGCAUCAGAUUUAAUGAAGAUGUGUGGUGAAUCCAGACCAAGAAGCAAGGCUCGAAGGCGAACCACCACACAGAUGGAAUUGCUUUAUGCCAGCAGUGGAGAUUUGUCCUGUGAAUCCCCCACUGGAGACUUUUCAGCCCCUCUGCUGCCCCUCGCUGAGCGCCUGGAAGGACCGGCAGACAUGCAGGGUCAAGCGGUUGGUCAAACCGCUGACCGUGAGCAAACUGUUUCCCCAUCUGCGCUGUCUGCCAGGCCAGCUGCCAUUUCCAGAUCCAGAUCACCUACAGGAGCUGAGAGGAAACAACUGGAGCGCUCGCCGCUCAGCCGCAGGAAGAUGCACGAGAAAGGAAGCGUGGCGUCGCAGAUCCCAGGACCUGUACAUGCAGCUCCAGUUAGCACAGCGGAAACUAAAACCAAAGCCAGUGACUACAAAUCCCUGCUGGAGGACUCGCCUGCAUUUGAAGGCCACAGGGGUGUCAUCAACCCUGUAACAAGCCCCAAGAACAGUCGGGGGGGCAAACUUCAGUGUGUUUAUGUAGCUGAGGGCCACACCAAGCCUGUUCUCUGUGUAGACGCCACUGAUGACCUGCUGUUUACAGGGUCUAAAGACCGGACAUGUAAGGUCUGGAACUUGGUGACAGGUCAGGAGAUCAUGUCUUUGGCUGAUCAUCCCAGCAGUGUCGUCUCAGUCAGGUACACUUCCAGCCUUGUCUUCACCGUUUCCACUGCUUACAUCAAAGUUUGGGACAUACGAGACUCUGCCAAGUGUAUCCGCACACUCACGUCAUCGGGACAGGUGGGCUCAGGAGACACCUGUUCUUCUGCUCGGAGUUUAUCCAUCCCACCUGGAGAGAGUCAGAUCAAUCAGAUUACUCUCAACCACACUGGCUCUUUCCUGUAUGCUGCUGCUGGCAAUGCUGUCCGCAUGUGGGAUCUCCGCAAAUUUGCAUCUACGGGGAAGCUGACCGGCCAUCUGGGGCCUGUUAUGUGUCUGACAGUCGAAAAGUUGGGCAGCGGGCAGGACCUGGUGCUCACCGGCUCCAAAGACCAUCAUAUUAAAAUGUUUGAGGUGACAGAGGGCGCUCAGGGUAGCAUCACCUCCUGCCAUACGUUUGACCCCGUCCAUCAGGACAGCGUGGAGUCUCUCACUGUGCAUGGAGACUUUUUCUACAGCAGCUCCAGAGACUAUUAUAUUAAAAAGUGGGACUUGGCCAGUAAGAAACUGUUACAGUCAGUCAAUGCCAAGGCAGACUGGGUUAGUGCUCUGGGCGUGGUGCCAGGCUCCCCGGUUCUGCUCAGUGGAUGCAGAGGAGGGCUGUUGCGCCUUUGGCACACUGACUCGCUUGCACCCCUCGGUGAGGUCCAAGGACACGACAGUCCAAUCAACGGCCUGGCUACUAACAGCAGCCAACUGUUCACUGCCUCUGAUGACCGAACUGUGAAGAUUUGGGAAGCCAAAGCAUCUCUGGAGGAUGGAUUUUAAUGACUGCUGGAUUUAAUGACACAGGAUUGCUCACUGGCCAUCAGUCAGUCAACAUGAAUUAUUUGCAAAGUUUCUAUAACAUCUUCGACUUGAGAAAUUACUGACUGGGAAACCCAGAGAGGGUCCCAAAUCAAUAGGUAUGGCAGGAUAGGCCCACAAUAACCUUAAAACAUCCCUGAUGCUUCACUUGGAAUAGUUUCAGGGAAAUCAUUCUUUCCAGCUGAGUAGCAUUACUGACAUUUUAGGUCAAAACAUAAUCCGUGAACCUCUCAAGCUCCUAUAAUCAUAGAACUGCUGCAGUGGCCAGCUCAUUUCAUAGCUGUGACUGUAAUAGAGUGAAAAGAAAAGUAUGGAUUUAUUGAUCCAGGAGUUUGUGGUGUAUUCAACAUUCCCUGUCAGUUCAACGCAAGACAACAUGGAUACUGUCUAUGCAUAUUAUUCAUUUUUGCCAGAGCUACUAAGAAAAAGGAAAACAGAUUAAAUUAUUUGCUUCAUUGCACCAAUUUUUCUUCAUCAAAACCAAGACUGCUGAAAACGUCUGUGUCCCAAGACAAGACACGGAAAUAUUUAAACUCCAGCAAUAACUGUCUUUUUGUUCAAGUGAUGGGUGGUUUAUUGUGUCUUUCUGGCAUUGUUGUGCUGGUCUCUUUAUGUAUGCAUGUGUUCUCAGUUACCAAGGACCAACUGAAGCUGCAUAUGGUCUUAAUAUUGAGCUGUUACUGCCAAGCCCAUCAGAUUAAAGUAGAGGCCUCAAAAUAAGGCAUACACCAUGCUCCUUUAACACGGUUCUUAUACAGUUUAAAUUUACCCAGGCUUAGUCAGGAUUAAGCUUUUAAAAAAAUAAGUAAAAUAAAGUGACAAUGUUGUAUCUCUAACAAACUGCAGGUAUCAUAGCUGAAUAGCACUAUUCCUACAUUACAUAUUGCCUUAAAAAGCAGAGAGUACUAUCUGCUGAAACAUUACCUUUGA